GUCUGGGCGUGCAAACCUCUCUCGAUUACGGUCUCGCGGGGUUAUAUAAAAUUUCCCAGGGAACUGUUGGAAGAUUCACUGUCCAACCGGUACCGUUCGAUAGUGCACUGUUCGACAAUUGAUACUGCGAUCGAUUUCCUGCUUAUUUGGCGGAGGAUAAUUCUUGAAAUCUGAAAGGAAAAUUGAUUCGAUCGACCGAAAGCAGAAAAAAGUUAUUUUUAUUAAUAUAGUGCUCCCGGGAAUGUACUACGGGUUCAAAAGAUGAGUGGUAACGUGCCGUUGCGAUCGCCUACACCCCCUGCGAUGGCCCACCAUCCUGCAUCAAAAUUCAAAGUAUCGAGAACGAUGCCAACGUGGGUGACGGACAGUAGCGAUCGAGUUGGGCCCCCGCCUCCUGAACCACCAAAAAAUAUGGAUCCGGAAUAUGAGGUUAUCGAUAUUGCUAAUCAGCAGUAUUCCAAUGCUCCACCACCGAUUCCUUUGAAAUCGCCAGAUAUCAAGCGCAUUACCGUCAUGAAGUGCGACCUGUGCGGAUCGGUUACGCCUGCAGUUCGCUGUGCACAAUGCGACCAGAACUUGUUCUGCGCAUCCUGUGACGAUCGCUACCACCGUCAUCCGAAACGCCAAACACAUACCAGAACGCCCGUAGAAUUGCAAGCCACCAUGGUGAAACCCCCGCUACCACCGAAAGGUGAGGCUAGCACGGGUGGUCCUCUGCCACCACCCAGAAGAAACAAACGUCCCGGCAGUUUCCUAUUCCCCAGUCCCAUGCUGGGGCGCAAGCAGGACCCGGAACAGACCAUACCUACAACGGUUCCCCAAGGCCAACCAGCAAGCCAACCUCAAAAACCUCCACAGCCUCCGCCAAGUCCGGCGCUCUCUCUUCGCGAUAAAAUGAACUCUCUCAAGCGCUUCAUUCAUCCAUCAAAUAGGCCACUCCCAGAUCCACCGGGGACGAAACCUCACUCGUCCAAUACAUCACUCAAUUCCACUGGUACUAGCCCCUUCCGAUCUGUUUCCAGUACGAUGGAAAAAAUACAGAAUAACACAGCCGCCACGCUGGAUCGCAUGACCGUGCUACAGCAACGCUACCGGCAGCACCAAGAAACUAUGAAAGCGGACAGUGACCGGAGCCGCCGCGCAAGUGUUGCAUCGAACAUUGAUGUCCAGUCAUCAGGUCCCAAUAUUCGUACAAAACCACCGUUUGUUCCAACAACACUCCAUCACCAACAACAACAAUUUCACCAGCAACAUCAUGCGCAACAAUCACGAUGGAUCGAGCCUCCGACACCCAGAAUAAGAUCUGGCAGUGUCGCUUCGGGUAUAAAUUUGCUACCCGGCGCUUCUUCAACAGUGUCUAACGAAAGUAAUCCUCCUUGCAAUAAUACUCCGUUUAUGUCCCCCACACAGCGUUCAGACUUUGGAGCAGCUCAGGGUUCCGGUCUGCCGAAUCCUCGUAGCACCUCUGUGUUUAAUCUAACCCAAAUGCAGCCACCGCAGCAAAACUUGUGGGGAUUCACUCCUCUACAGCAGGCUCAAUCAAUGGCCCAUUUCAAUCAGAUGCACUGGAACCAGAUGAAUCCUUGGAUGUCGGGACAGUCGCAAAACGGUUCCAACAUGAGUCUUAACCUACCACCCGCCCAAACAGGUCACUAUCCACAUGACCAACAAGGUUAUCCGUCCAACUGGAACAAUGCCUGGGGUGGAAUGUACCCGUACCCAAUGGGUAUGAUGCCAAUGAUGCCCGGAAUGGCGAUGCCUCCACCAAGAUCUAGAGCCCUUUCUCGAUCGCGUGCGGCCUCCCCAGCACUCAGUAUCAAAUCCAGAAAGUCAACAAUGUCAAUGCGAAAUUUACAACGCAGCAGCUAUAUCAAUGAUCUAACCGACGAUGAGGACUCGGACGAAGAGUUCAUUAAACCUCGAGGUCGACGGGAUCGCCGACAGCGUGUAGAUUCUAACAGUAGUCUAGAUUUUGAUGAACCAGAGCCAAACACGUUCGUUCGAGCUUCAAGCGUUAAGCACUCACGCUUUAAUCGGGAUCGUCGCGGUGGAUCUGCGGCAAGAUCUCUGAUUGAUUAUCCAAUAUCCCACACAAGAGACUCCCAUCGUUCUCGAUAUGAUCGCGAUGAAGUAGUUCGUGAUCGAUUCGACAAAAUGUCUCUUACGUCACCCAGAAGAAUGACAAAUACCUCAUUAACGAAUGAUUCAGAUAAAGAACUCAAUCGCAAAGUAUCAAGUACGACGAAACCGAACAAAGAAAGCAUUGCCACGCCACGCAAAAUCGCAUCUGACUCUAUGACAAAUGAUUCAGACGUAGACGUUGAAAGACGUAAUGCCGUCAAACAGAGAACCCCUAGUAGUGUUUCUUCGCCCCGAAGGAUUGCUUCCGAUUCAUUCACAAACGACUCUGAUGCGGACUCUCUACGACGUAAGCAAUUGCAGAAAACUAAUGAUCAUACAAUUCCUUCUCCAAAACGUUUGGAAUCAGAUUCUGUGACCAAUGAUUCAGACUCCAUUCGUGGAAAACCAAAAGCUAAUGGCAGCAGAAAGCUGUCGGAUGCUGAACAGAAAAAACAAACGAAAUCCACCAAAUCUUCCCGAAUAACUCCCAAAAAAAUUCCAUCGGAUUCUCAGGCUCAAGACACUGAUGGCGAACAAAAACGACGGUUCUUUAGCAAAAAACCUCUGAAGAAACAUUCAAGCACAGAGUUCAUAGCUAACGAUUCGGACACCGAAUUCGAACGCCGAAAGCAGGAAAACCUUAAAAAAUCAAGUGUGCAGGAGCCACCGGUAGAAAAAUCUCCUAAAAUAUCUGACGAUGAAGAGCAAGAGGUACACAUGAAAACUGUAGAACUAAAGAACCAACUGAACGAAACCCAACCUGAGCCGAACGAAUUUUCAACUAACACUUCAUCCCUACCGAUCGUUGUGCCUGAUUCUGAAUGGGAAUGCGAAUUCUGCACCUACGUGAACGAAGGAGGAGUGAAGAUCUGUGCGAUUUGCUGUAAAACCAUUUCCAUUGCAAUUGUACCGUCGAAAGAUGAUACGGAAAUGCCUCGGUCUCCACCACCAGAUGUCGUGCAAGAGCCUCCAUUCGAGAAGCGAACCAUUUCUAGGCAGCUCGAUGAUGUACAGAAACCACAGAAGAUAUUGCCUCCGUCUGCCACUGAGAGCGAUUCGAAAAAGAAAGACGAUGAUGAUGAAAUGGAAAAUGGUGAUGAAGGUGGUACAAAUAGUGUUUAUGAGAAAAUUUGUGAGGAAAACCAGUACGAAAAUCAAUGUUUUCCAACGAGAACUGAAUGUCUAAAAGAUAGUGGUGAGAUUAAACAAAACUUAGACAGUGAAGAAGUUAAGAUAGUGAACAAAUUAGUGAAAGAAAAAGUAUCCACUGGCUGUGGUCCGUCUCCACCACGGGAAACUGAGGGUGAAUUACUUAAGCUUCAAGACAAUAGACAGCUGGGUACCCCCCGAGCUUCGAUAGGUACGUCACCGCCACCUCAGGAUAUGUCCACACAGACUUACGAUACGCUCGAGAAAGUUCGCGAAGAUAUUUCAGCAAGUCAAGUCAUGGCACAUGACAAACCAACCAACAUCCUGACCCAACCACCACCAACCGGUAGCAUCUUCAAACGAUCAUAUUCACUCGUCACUGCACCACAAUUGCUACAAGUGGGCAGUCCUCGUUCCGGCAGCCGACUAAGCUUCUCGAGUGAUACACAGAGCUUACCACCGUCUCCACACGAACAGAGUCCACAGCCUCUGCAGGCGCAACGUCAUGACCUACCUCAAGCCAUGCCAAAUCAUUCAGACGAAAGCAUAUCCUAUCUGGAUCGCGCAAUUCAUCAAAUCAUUCAAACGGCAGCCAAGACAAAUUUCAGUGCAUCUCGUCCACUUGAACAGAACAAAUACCGAGCGAUGAACGACCUGAGACACAUCGAUGCCAUACAACCGAAUCAUUCUACCACGAAAGACCUGUUGACGAAACGGCAAAUGGCGAAUCCAGCCACCAUGUGUGAACACUCUGAAGAUGCAUCUCGGUUGAUGGAAACACUGACGCUAACAGGACCAAACAGUUUAACGGGUGCAGAAUUAGUGUACCUUCUGAAGGAAGCAGAGCAGAACAAAUUCUCUGCUGAGGAGCUGCAGGCAGCUCUCAGCCAUUGUAGAGACAAACACCCAAUUCAGUGGCUCCGCGAUAACUGGUCGAAGCUUAUCGAGACAGUUCAAACACUUGCCACUAAGUAUGGUCAUGAAAAACGAGAAAAUAUCAUCGGAACAAUCUCUUCCAUAGAAGCGCGUGAAGCACUUCAAUUGCACAAGGGAAACAUUUGGCAUGCCAUCACGGAAUGCAUUGAACAGCGACAAAGAAAGUACUACGAAAUCGCCUCGAAGGGAAAUUUCACCAGGGAAGACAUUGUUACCAGUCUUACAGCGCAUCAUGGAAAUUUGGAGUUGGCAAUGGUGGAGCUCAGCAAAACUCAACUAAAGCCAUUUCUAAUGCGCAUUUGGGGUCCUCCGAAUGGAGCCGAUAACGAUUCUGGUAACUCACUUCUGCACCAGGCGCUGAAAGAGGAUCGGAGUGGAAUUAGUAAUGAAAUUCAAGAAUUUAUCAGUACACAUGUCGAGAGUCAAAUACUCUCGAAUGGAUCUUCUAACGGAGUGCACACCGUACAUGACUCUGCGGACACUGUCAAUGAGUCCACAGAAAUUACAACCAAUGGGAAAGUAGGCAAAUAUACGGAAACUAACGGUAGUACUGCAGUAGAUGAUGAAGGCAUUCCAUCGAAUACGGUAAUUUUGAGGGACAUUGAAAAACUAAUCGACCAAAUGGAAAAGAAUCAAGCAAAUCAAAAUGAAGAUGUGUUGAAGAACAUACAGCAGCUACUAACCAAACUGGUUGAUCGCAAUGAAUCUCGUCCAGCUUCGCAAGUUUCGGUACGUUCAGAGUCAUGUGAAAGAAUCAUUGUGAAAAGUCCAAUUCCACAAAGACGAUCAACCGAAGCAUCGUUAGACGAAACAGUACCCAUCUACGAAGACAUCAGAAAGUUCAUGACAGAAAACAUUCAGGAAAUUCUUCCGUGUUUCGUCGGACAAGUUCAACACGAGCUCGACAACAUUCCAUUCAUACCCAGGAGAACUUUAAAAGAAGACAUCAAAGAGACCUUGAUGAACGCCGAAUACUCCGAGGACGAUUACGCGACCAUCCAUUGUUUCCCGUUUAAACAAGACACUAAGACUAUUGAUGAUUUUCCAAAUUUGACAAAAAGAACUUCCACUAGCUUCAAUGCCACAGAAGAACAAAACAACGAAUACGCAAACAUACAGAACUUUUUGAAGAGGGCAAUUCGAAACGAAAAACUCACAUGUGAUUUCGAACAUUACAGGACUCAGAACUUUGGGUUUGACAGCAGCUCCGAUGAAGCAAGGAUGACAGCGGAAAGUACAGACUACUACGACUUAGUCACUGUGAGUAAAAAAAUACAGGAAGCUCUGAACCGCCGCAGAACAAGUGUGGAAUCUAAGACGGAGUCCAUCAAAUCCGAAACGGAAUCGUUAGAUGGAGAUGCAGUAGCAGAACCAAUCUCAAUUGAAGAAGCAAUUUACGUCAAUAUACCAAAAAUUGAUCCAACAGUGUCGGCUUUGGAAUCAAAUGACAAUAAACCUACGUUGAUGAUCGAUGAAAGCAAAGAGGAUUUACACCAACAUAAAAAAAAUUUACCUCGAACGGAUACCAAAGAAACCAUGAUAAGUACACCAGUACCAACCAUACACAUUGAUCAUGUGGAAGAGUUGAGACAUGUUGUCGACACUAUCGAAGAAAUUCAACAUGAUCUUGAAAUAUCUACGGAUGAACAAGACACACCCCAAUUAGAAGAGGAUCAACCAAUUUUCGACAAUUCAACAAUAACAGUAGAAGAGACUGCAAUAGAAAGGAUGCCAAGUCAACCAUUUAUGGCUACUUCAACACCAUUAACUACUACAAAUCCUUCCCAAGAUGAUCUAGAGGUUUCUGAGUAUACUAAAUUUGAACCACAAAAACCUCAUGCACAAGAUAAAUUUCUUACAACCAGUUCAAAUAAUGAAUCCUCUGCUCAAUCAACUCCAAAAAUCGGUUUGCUUACCACUUCCGUACAAUCCAAUGUCAUUCAUUCCGAUGCCCAAAUAGUCAGUUCCUCCUCGUCCACUCAAGAGGAAAAACCACCACCUAAACCAUUGACUGAUUAUGAGCCUAAAACACAGCAGAUAGUUUCGCGAGAUGUUUUAAAUCAAGCCGAGACUGCCGUCUCUGGUCCCUCUGAACUGUCUACGAUAACAGCAGAACAACAACUAAACCAAAUCAAUCCCGAUGACUCCCAAGGAAACAUCCCGACAUCACCAUCCAAACCUUCGAAUAACCUCUCCGAUUUAGUACUGGAUACCAAAAGACUCAUUCAGCAAAUGAAAGACGAAAUCGCCUCUGAUAUGGCUACCAUGCAAGAUGAAAAUGAAAUAUACGAUAACGAGUACUAUGAAGAAGAUGAGUACGAGGAAUGGAGCGAUGAAAACUUCGACGAAUGGGAGUCAAACGAGGAGUACGAUAUUGACGAACAUGGAAACUACUACGAGUAUGAAGAUGAAGACGAAGAUGGUUCAGUGAUGUUUAGUGAAAUUGCGCCUGAAGAUGUUCGACAUCCACUGACACAGGUCAGCGAACCAGUCAAUCAAGAUAUAGUAGAAGAGACGGUUGUAAAUAAAAUUGAUCUACCAAAAAUAAGCGCAGCAUUGGUGAGAGAACUGGAACGAAAUAGUGCGUCAGAAGUCAGUGACCUGCCGCUAGAUAGUGAUUUUAGUGAUGCACUGAGUGUAAUCGAGCUAUCAGUAGGAGAUGUUGACGAUAUUCUGAGCUCGGCGGUAGAUAAUUUGAGGGGGAAUACUUUUUCGUAUGGUAGGGAAAUUCCGGAAGUAAAUACCCUUCAAAAUAGCCCUGAAACCAGCGAAAUUAGUGAAAUAACACUUGUCGCUGAUACAAGCGAAUCGACCGAUGCUACAUUAGUGGCUGAGGAAAAUAUCAAAUUCACAAUGAGAGACGUACAGUCUGUACUUAAUGCCAGGGCUGUUAUAGGACAGUUCAUUAAGUCAGCACAACUGGUUGGAGACUCAGAUAAACCGAACGGUAAUCUAUCUAAAGAACAAAGUUUCAUUAUUUCGAAUAAAAAUAAUCAAUCUACAACACCCUCUGAACCGGGUAGUCAAGAAAAUCUUCAAACAGAACGUUCUGAAUAUCAUGAAAACCAGACUGAUACAGUUGAAAGGCUAAGUGAACAUAACGAUGAAAAAUUCAAUAAAGGCUUUUCUGUCGAUCACCAAACAUUAAGAAAUACCACAGAAUUAGAAGCAGAUCACGAAAUAGCAGCAGCUACGCAUGAACUUGAUGCUACCAUAGAAAUGUUGCAUUCUGUCGCUCGAGACCUCAGUGAUCAACUUCGUCAAGUUUCCCCGGGCCAAGAUAUUACACGAUCUAACCUCGAUACAGGAAGCUCGACGGUUCCCAAAACUUCAUUUCAGCAGAACAUUCCAGAGAAUGGCACAAUAACUGAAAACGAAUUGACGGGUGAUUUGAAUACUGCUGAUGCUAAUUUCAUUGAAUCUCAACCAACGUUACAAAACUCAGAUGGUUCAGACUUUAUUAACGUUAGCAGUGCCAGGGUACUAAUAGAAAAUUCGACAAGAAUCGAUGUCACGGAACAUAACGAUACUAGAACUCUCUCUGGCAAUAAGCUCGAAGAUGUGUUACCAGUCAAUUCAAUUCCGGAAUACGCCACCGUUGUUAAAGUGAACAAUAGACUGCAAAUUAUUGAUACUCCAGCUGCUACAUCAGAACUUGAAAGUAAUGUUGGUAGCUUUGAAAAUGAUCAAAGUAAUGCAAGUGGGAAAACAGUGAACGCAACAGUGGAAGUCAAGAAUCUAGACUCUUCUCUUACCAAUAAACUUAAUUUAGUUCAAACGGAGAUUUCAAACACUGAGCCUACUCAAGUUGAUGAAACGGAACUAAUUCAAACUAUAUCUUCAACCGGUCAUGAUGAUAAGAUGCAAAUGUCUCAAAGAGUCCAUGCCGAAGAAACGAAAAUAAACAUACACCAAAUUUCAAACUCAGAUCCUGUUCAUGUUGAUGAAACGAAAUCAGUUUCGAUUGCCGUUAAUAACUCGAAAAAGAUUGAACUAACAAUUAGAAGUGAAGAGACUCAUCGUACUGAUGAACCAGAAUUAGAGUCCUUGAGCCCCAUCAGUCUAGUUCAACCAAUGUCAGAAAUUAAUGACUUAACGUUGCCUAAUGGUUUUAUUACAGAACAAAAUAAAGAGAUCAGAACGGAACAACUAGCGGAUAACAGUGCAGUAUCAACUAGCGAUUAUAUGCAAACAAAAAUCAAUGUUGAACAAAACACAUCUCAUCAAAACCAAUCAAAAUUAGACCCGUCUGAUAUUAAAGAUGUAAUAACGAACUAUAGUAACAACAACUCCGAAAAACAGCCAGCAAACAAUUCUGUGGAAGCUGACAACAGUAUAACAACAAAUAACGGCCAAUUUAAUGCAACAAUAGAUGAAGACAAACAACAAACAAACACUACAACUGUUGUUGAACAACUAACUGCAGACCAGAAUGAACAAUCAUAUUCCGCAGUAAAUGGAGAGUUACAUCAUACCAUUCCUCAAUCAUCUGAAUCUCGAGAACAAUCUGAAGAGCCGUCAAGUUUCACCGAAGUGCAACCAUCACAAGUAAUCAUUCAUAGUCCAUCUUUAGAAAGACAAGUUCAACAGUCUAUACCAGAACCACCUCAGCAAUCAUCUAACAUUUCUACUAACCUAGAAAAUUCUGAGGGAUCUGAAAAACCAGGAAAGCUAUCCUUAAAGAUCCCGAAAACUGUUGUAAAAUCCGGGAACAGUGCAACCAAAAAAACAUUAUCCCCGCCAACUCCACCAUCCCCAACCAGUUCCAAAGCCACUAAGUCCGUCAAAACCAAAACCAAAACCACCACAGACACAAAAAAGAAAUCAUCCACCGCAUCCGAUUCCUCUAGCCGCAGAAACUCUCUUCGAAAGAGCUCCAUCGGUGGUCCGUUUGGUCCCGUACAAACCAACACCGUCAAGAACAUGCAGAAAGAGUUUCUCAGUAAGACUCAUAAAGACACAUCCAAAACAAUCAUCAGCAAUGCACCGAAACCAAAGCCAUCCAAACUGGUGCAACCGAAGGCAUUUACUAAUAAGCUCACUAAACCCGUUACACCCAACCAGCCGAUAAAUGGGACAAAUGGCUUCAGCAAAGCGUCCACCCCGUCCACGGAACCAGGAUCAUCUCGUUCAACUCCUGGGCCAAGUUCGACGAAAGACACCCCAAUCGGAUCGCGCGAAGGAUCAGUCACAUCAGAGCAGAGACGAAAGCUCCGUAAAAAAUACUUGGAGACCUGUUUCAGUGAUGACUACAUCACGUCGGAAGACGACGACGAUAUCACGACUGUCACUGACAGCGAAAGUAGGACUAUCAUCCGUUCCUUGGUAACACCGUAUGAACCCAGCGAAGAACCAUUGGAAGUGCAAGCUCGCAAAAUGUUAGACGAAGGACACGUUCAGACUUACCAACAAGCCGAGCUGGCGGUCCAACUGAUCGACAUGAGAUAUGCUCGCGACAAUGCUAUUUGGGCAGCAACCCAAUGUCACACAAUUGACGAGGCUAAGGAUCUCCUCCAGAAAGAGUGCGAACUGUGCCUUGGUACCUAUCCUAUGAAUGAAAUAAUUUCCAUGUUAAAGUGCACCCAUGCGUGCUGUCUGGAUUGUGCCAAAGUCUAUUUCACUGAAGAAAUCAUGCACCGCUCAAUCACCAACUGUAAUUGCCCGUACUGUAAGGAACCAGACCUUAACAACGCUAGCGUUACAGAAGACGACGUGCUGGAAUAUUUUUCUAACCUAGAUAUUUUACUCAAAACCAUCGUAGAGGAGGAUGUGCAUGAUCUUUUUCAGCGGAAACUUCGUGAUCGCACACUGAUGCAAGAUCCCAACUUCAAAUGGUGCGUAGACUGUUCAUCUGGGUUCUUCUCCCGCCCACGUCAAAAGCGUCUCAUAUGUCCAGACUGUGGUUCCAUCACCUGUGCCUCGUGUCGUAAACCGUGGGAACCACAGCAUGAAGGUAUCUCAUGCGAAAAAUUUGCUGCCUGGAAGGAGGCCAACGAUCCGGAAUUUCAAGCUCAAGGUGUUGCUCGUCACCUACAAGCCCAUGGUAUUAGCUGCCCCAAUUGCAACUUCAAGUAUUCUCUAUCCCGCGGCGGAUGCAUGCAUUUCACCUGUAUACAAUGCAAAUUCGAGUUUUGCUUUGGAUGCAACAAGCCCUUCAUGAUGGGAGCGAAGUGUACCGUCUCUCCGUACUGUGCGAAACUGGGACUCCAUGCCCAUCAUCCCAGAAACUGUCUGUUCUACUUGAGAGAUAAAGAUCCGAAAGACUUACAAACGUUACUAACGAUGCAUAACGUGACGUACGAUACCGAGCCUUCCGAGCUGAUCAAACGCGAGUUCAUGCAAAACGAAUCGAAUGUCAUGAAGUGUCCAAUCCCAUUACAAAAAGAAACGCCUGCCGGACUGAUGGAUACCGUUUGCAACAAUGACGUACCGGAAGCACACGCGGGUUUAUGCAGAACACAUUACGUUGAGUAUUUAGUAGGUGCGGUAUCCAAGGCACAAAUCGAUCCUCUGCCAAUCCUGGACCUAACCGAUUGUGUCCAGGAGUUGCGCAGACGGGGAUUACCACUACCAGAACGCGGUCCCUGGGAUACCGACGAAAUUUACCGCGAAAUGUGCCAGAAGAUUGUCAAAGAACAGAUUCCCUUGAACUAGAACCACUCGUUGACUUACUGAAAUUGUCACAUGCACGAUUCAAGAGUAAAAGUCAUCAUGAAGAAGUUCAAUCAACUUUACAAACAUUGUGCGGCACGAGCACUAUUUAUUGUUACCACACACAGUGUGCCUUUUUGACCUUCUGAUAUAAAUAGUUGAGACUAUCUUUCCUGGUUUCGCAGUACUCACUAACGAAUUUCAAGAACACUUUGAAAUUCACAUUUUUUUACAAUGCGUGUAUCACAAUAAAUCAAUCUAUGAUUUACUUCAACAA